AAUUGAAAAAACAUUUACAAAUAAUUGCCGCUAUUUGUAGUAUUUUGCCUGACUAAUUUUUUUAAAUAUGCUGUUUUAAGCGUAGAGAUUAUUUGAAGAAUGAAAAGAAAAUUUGUAGAAAAUGACCUGAAAUGGCAGAUGCAUGCUUUGCUGAUUACUCUACUCUGGGGAAGAGCGAUGUGAAAAGUUAUGAUAAUGAGUUAUUAGAGGCUCCAGAGGAAGAGGGCGAGUUUGAUGUUCUCAAUGAUGAGACAUUCGGAAAUCUUGAUGAUGAUGAUUUUGAUUGGGAAGAACAGACUGAGAAAUUUGCUGAAGUAUACGACCCGGAGCAUGCCAGCCACCAGCAUAAUGACUCAGGCUUCAAUACUGCAGAAAAAUCCUACAGGACACAGGAGGAGUAUAUGGAGCACAGUAUUAACCAGUUGAUGGUGGAUGAUGAUGACUCUGAUCCUGCUAUACUCAAGUCUAAACCUAUACCAAAGUGGGCAUUUAUUCCACAGAGACAACAAAACUUGGACAGUCUGUUUGGACCCGCGUCACCACCAUCAUUCUUGGAUGCGGAGCAUUUAGUUUCACCCACCAGUAAGAACAUCUGGGGCUCACCUUUACAAGAGAUACAACAACCACCCCAACAUGUCAACAACAUACAAUCAUUGUUUGACUUUGCCAAGUCAGCUAACUCUGAUGCUCCAGUCGCUUCAAUCCACGGUCCUCACUCACGAUCAGCCCCCAUGGUGCUACCUAAGGCUCAAACAUUGGAAGAGAUUGAAAAUUCUCUGCUGCGUAAACCAAAGGUGCUGACAGCAGAAGAAUUAGAGAGACAGUUACGUGGAGAAUCACCAAGUCAUCCAUCUUCAUUACCUAAUGGUCAUCCAAUCCCUCCAGCACAGUUUAAUAUCCCACCUCCAAACAUGGCCUCUUCUCUUCCCAGGCAACAUCCUGCCUCAAUGGUACACGGUCCCCCUCCAGGUAUGAAGGGAGUAUCAAACGGUCACAGGUCACCUGUAUUUGGUACCCCUGGACCUAUUGGGACGCCAGUACGUGUAGCAGCCUUACCAGGUACACCGGUCAACACUACACCUCAUCAAUACAGAAACAGGCAGUCUCCAGUGUUAAUGUUAACACGGAGGUCACCUGUACCACGUUCUCCAACACCACCACCCCUGUGUGUGAGUCCGAUCCCUCGUACACCCCAGAUGAUAGGCGUGCCGUUUAGAUUUAUGACUCCAUACGCCAGCCCGAGUCAGCCUAGAUAUAUAGGUGGUCAGAAUUCUUCAUGUUGUCGUAUAGCACGAAUACUCAACAUCUUUAAAGAAUGGAAAUCACAAGAUAAAUCAACACCAGGUCGCGGUUUAUCACAGCCUAUAGGUAUACCUCAUGCCAUGAGAGGACCUCCACCAACCAACAGUCCGCAGGGAUUAUAUGGUAGUCCACAGGGACCCUACAGCAGUCCUCAUCAACAAAGGUUUCAGCAACCAGGAAGUUUCAAUGAAGUUUACAAUAACAAUAGAAACAACAACAAUGCAUACCAGUCAUCUCCCCAUAUGAAAGCCCAGUACCAGGAGAGACAAAGAAAUGAUCAGGCUAACAACAAAGAACAUAGGUAUCACCGUUACCCCUACAAUCAGAAGUACGAGUCCCGUCAAGAACACUCAGGUCAGCGUAAACGUGGCAGUAAAGACGAGGAUAACUAUGCAGGAUUAAUGACCCAGAAAGAGAAAGAAUGGAUCAUCAAGAUACAACUGUUACAACUACAAACAGACAACCCUUAUGAAGACGAUUACUACUAUGCUUCUUGGUGCUUGAGAAAGAAGGCAAAGGAGUUAGAGAAAGAUGUGAAGGAAGACUCAGAACGUAACCUUAUAAUACCUUUACUAGCUAGAGCAGAAAACAGAGUUUAUAAACCAGCACAUUUUGAAGGGUCUUUAGGUCGUUUAACAACAUCUAGUGUCCAUAAUCCACGUCAGAUUAUAGACUUACUUGCUAAAAGUGUUUCUGAGACAGCAGCUGGAGUUAAAAAUUCCACCAGUAAUGUUGGUAAAGAAUUGAGAAAGUCAAGACAACUGUUCAUGGAUAUUGAAAAGGGAUAUAACCUGCUCCUGGAUAUAGAUACAUUAGAGAAACAGAUCCUUGCUCUUCCUGAAGAUAUGAGGAAACCACUUCUGGAAGAAAGAUCUAUUAGAGUGGAUUUGUUGUUUCAUUAUUUACUCUGUGAUGGUAACUCUGCUGCCUUCAUGCAAUAUAUGAAUGUAAGAAAGGGUCGUAGCCUCACUAGACGAGCCUUGCCAUAUCUUGAUAAGGUACAGUCAGUGGGUAUUGUAUCUCUGGUAUGUAAGAAUUUACAACAACUCAUGAAGAAUGACCAGGCUGAUGAGAGAUUAGAGGAACUGUUCCUUCCAUGUGCCAAGGUGAUAGAGUCCUGUAACCUAGCAACUGUUGUCAUGUUUGUAGAAGAUAUCCAACAUGAAGAAUCUCCAUCCACUACAAAACCCAUUGCAAUGGCAUUACAAAAUAAGUUUGGCAGUUCUAUGUUGUGUGUUUUAUUACAUCAAGGUGAACAUAUAUACAGUACAACUUCACCUGUUGAUCUUGAUAGUAACUUACAGAAUGAAUGGGGUGAAUUUGUACAUGACUUUGCUGGAAUCAUGGCUACACUGCCUCUAGAGUCUAUUGUUGCCCCAAUUCAGACACACUCGGACAUAUCGCCACAUCUAGAACGGCUGCUCAAUAAACGUCUGAUGGCUGUUGUCGAGGACAACCUGAAAAUCUUCACUCACCCUCCUGUCGUGAAUGAGUCCUGACAGAAUAAAUCAACGGCAGCCUAGCUGAUUAAAAUGAAUCUGGACUUAAAACAGUUUUUCAAGUUUUAUAAGCUUUGAUUUUAUCAGGAUAUAACUGACUUCACCUUUAAGGGUUUUGCUUGGUUCUCAUACCUUUAUAAUUGGUUUGACAUACAUGUGGUAUCAAUUAUUUACACUGUCACAUCAUAACACAGAUGUUUGAUGUACCUUUGUGAUAGCAUUGACCUUAUAUUUCUUGAGUAUAUAGUGCUUUAAUUAUCUCAACAGCUUCUCACAUUUGUAUGAAAUAUAUUUUCAGCCCUACACAUUGUGUGGUGUGUUUAUUCAAGUUUUCUGAAGUGUUGUGUUUAUAACAUACACAUUAAGACAUUUCAGUGUUCUAGUUCUUCAAAUUUUGGCAAGAAUACAUAGUUAUGCUUAUAUUUCUGGGUUAGUACAUCAAUAGUUUAAUUUACACAAGAAUCACUUGCCCUUUAUAUGUAAUUAUCUGACUUGAAAAUUAUCUGAAGCUUAAAAUCUAAGAUACCGGUACUCUCUUAUGAGCAAACUAUUUAACAUGUACAUUGUUCUAUAUUCUUUUGAAUUUCUGUAAAAGUAUGUUCAAAAUAAAAUAUUUUUUCUCGUUUUUAUAUCUAGGUAUUAAGGAGUGGUAAUAUAAUUAUGUAACCUUCAACAUGAGUGCUUUCUCCAUUAGAUAAAAUUUUACGGUUAGUAGGCGUAUGUUU